ACACCCGCCGCCGACCGACCGGAGAGGAGACGCGGUCAGGGCGCCGGCCGGGACCGCGAUCGGGACAGCGGCGAGACGCGCGCGACGGGCGCCGGGCCUAGCGGGGCCGAGAGCCGGUCUCCAGCCAGGAGGACACCUGCUGCCAACAUGUCUGGGGAUCCCUUAUCCAGCAAAGCUCUGAAGAUCAAGCGCGAGCUGAGCGAGAACACGCCGCACCUGUCGGACGAGGCGCUGAUGGGGCUGUCGGUGCGCGAGCUGAACCGCAACCUGCGCGGGCUUUCGGCCGAGGAGGUGACGCGGCUCAAGCAGCGGCGCCGCACGCUCAAGAACCGCGGCUACGCCGCCAGCUGCCGCGUGAAGCGCGUGUGCCAGAAGGAGGAGCUGCAGAAGCAGAAGUCGGAGCUGGAGCGCGAGGUGGACAAGCUGGCGCGCGAGAACGCCGCCAUGCGCCUGGAGCUCGACGCGCUGCGUGGCAAGUGCGAGGCGCUGCAGGGCUUUGCGCGCUCCGUGGCCGCCGCGCGCGGGCCCGCCGCGCUCGUGGCGCCCGCCAGCGUCAUCACCAUUGUCAAGUCCACUCCGGCCGCGGGGCCCGGUCCCGCCCCCGGCCCGGCCCCCGGCCCGGCCCCCUGUUCCUCCUAG